AAACUUAACUCUGUCUCUGUCAGAAAAACACAGCCAAACUCCGUCUCUGUCAGUGUGAGCAGUGAAAUGGCUGAGGCUAAUAUCUCGGUGGAUCAGGACCAGUUCAGCUGUUCAAUCUGUCUGGAUAUCCUGAAGGAUCCGGUGACUAUUCACUGUGGACACAGUUACUGUAUGGGCUGUAUUAAGGGCUGCUGGGAUCAGGAUGAUCAUAUUGGUGUCUACAGCUGUCCCCAGUGCAGACAGACCUUCACCCCAAGGCCUGUUCUGGGCAGAAACACCAUACUGGCUGAAGUGGUGGAGAAACUGAAGAAGACAGGACUCCAAGCUGCUCCUCCUGCUCACUGUUACGCUGGACCUGGAGACGUGGCGUGUGAUUUCUGUACUGGGAGAAAGCGCAAAGCCAUCAAGUCCUGUCUGGUGUGUCUGGCAUCUUACUGUGAAAUUCACCUCCAGCGUCACUAUGAAUCUCCUCCUCUUAAGAAACACAAACUGGUCAAAGCCACUGAAAACCUGCAGGAAAAGAUCUGCUCUAAUCACGACAAACUGCUGGAGGUUUUCUGUCGUAGCGAUCAGCAGUGUAUCUGUAUGCUGUGUGCGAUGGAUGAACACAGAGGCCAUGAUACAGUCUCAGUGGUAGCAGAAAGGACUGAGAAACAGAAGCAGCUGGGGGUGACACAGAGUAAGUUCCAGCAGAGAAUCCAGGAGAGAGAGAAGGCGCUGCAGGAUCUGAGACAGGCUGUGCAGUCACUCAAGCGCUCUGCACAGACAGCAGUGGAGGACAGUGAGAGGAUCUUUACUGAGCUGAUCCGCUCCAUUGAGAGAAGGCGCUCUGAGGUGAAGGAGCUGAUCAGAGAUGAGGAGAAGGCUGAAGUGAGUCGGGCUGAAGGACUCCUGGAGCGACUGGAGCAGGAGAUUGCUGAGCUGAGGAGGAGAGAGGCUGAGCUGGAGCAGCUUUCACACACAGAGGAUCACAUCCAUUUCCUCCAGAGCUGUCAGUCCCUCUGUGCCCCUCCUGGACCUGGAGACUUACCCAGCAUCACUGUCAGUCCAAACGUCUCUUUUGAGGCUGUGAGGAAAUCUGUCUCUGAACUGAAAGAGCGACUGGAGGAUGUUUUCAAGGCGGAGUUCAAAGUUUGUGGAAGAGUGGAAGAAGUCUCUGUUCUAGAGCCCCAGACCAGACAGGACUUCUUACAAUAUGGCUGUCAGCUCACACUGGACCCCAACACAGCGCAGAGAAACCUCCGUCUGUCUGAGGGGAACAGAGAGGUGACCUGUGUGAGAGAGAACCAGUCAUAUCCUGAUCAUCCAGAGAGAUUUGAGCUCUGGGCCCAAGUGUUGUGCAGAGAGGGUGUGUCUGGACGCAGUUACUGGGAGGCUGAGAGGAGUGGGGGUGGGGUUUCUAUAGCAGUGUCAUAUAAAGAGAUCAGCAGGAAAGGGGAGGGUGAUGACAUUGAAAUGGGAUGUAAUAACAAGUCCUGGAGUUUGUUCUGCUCUCUCUCCAGUUACUCUUUCAGGCACAAUAAUGUUGACACUAAAAUCCCUGUUCCCUCCUCCUCCAGAAUAGGAGUGUACCUGGAUCACAGGGCAGGAACUCUGUCCUUCUACAGCGUCUCUGACACAAUGACCCUCCUGCACAGAGUCCAGACCACAUUCACUCAGCCCCUCUAUCCUGGGUUUAGGGUUUGGUUUGGAUCCUCUUUAAAACUGUGUGAUCUGGGAUGAGGCAGAGAGUGAAGGGAAGAUCAAAGAGAGGGAAACAUCCUGAAAAUACUGAGAGAGAGACAGAGAGAGAGAGAGAGAGAGAGAGUGAGAGCGAGAGCGAGAGCGAGAGCGAGAGUAAAAUAGGUGAACAGAAAAUUCUUUUUUUUAUUUUUUAUAAGUGCCUUCAGGGCACAUCUCAAUAGUCCAGAACAAAAAAUUAGUCUUUUUUCAAAAAGAGGAAUAAAAUUAAGCGGCCAAAAAAUUAGGAACACCGGAAAGAAAAGAAAAAAAGAAAAAAUGUAAAUAACAGAAAUGUGGAAUAAAAAAUAACAGAAAUGUGGAAUAAAAAAUAACAGAAAUGUGGAAUAAAAAAUAACAGAAAUGUGGAAUAAAAAAUAACAGAAAUGUGGAAUAAAAAAUAACAGAAAUGUGGAAUAAAAAAUAACAGAAAUGUGGAAUAAAAAAUAACAGAAAUGUGGAAUUCACGUGACCGCGUUCGUCCGCCGUUAUCAGUGCCUGGGCCGUCCAAUCCGCUCCUUUCCCUCAGAAGUCCCCCUUCUCCGCCUUGUCCCCGAUCGGGCCUCCACACCAUGGUAACCAGGUCUUAUGGGUUCUGUUCUGUACAUCGUGUGGGAAAUGUUGGGCUGAUGCCAAUAAAGCCAUUUGAAUUUGAAUUUGAGAGAGGGAGAGAUGGGGAGAGGGAGAAAGAGGGAGGAUAGAGAGGAGGGAUAGAGAGAGAAAGAUAUACAUGCAUAUAUGGGGAAGGGUUGUUGUUGUUUACUAUGUGUGUGUUAUGCUGGGGGGGUUGUUGUUUUUUUGACUGUAAUGUUGUUAUUGUCAAUGCUUUAAUACACAAUUCACUUGUCAGGCAAAUAAAGCUCAUUUGAAUCUUGAGAAAGAGGGAGGGGAGGGGAA